AUGGCUUGGUGGGACAGUUCCGCUCCAGGUUGGACAGAACGACUCAUCCCAAACUACGAGCAAGCGUGUGAAGACUUCCUGCUAACCCUUGAUGCGCAAAUCACAGUUUUGCAUCAUUGCCCAGGCUCUGGGCCCCAGCUCAAAAUGCUUGGAGAUGAUGUUUGUGUGUACUUUCCCAACCAUCCCAUCGUCACCUCGAAACCCCCUGGCUAUUGGAAUGAGGUAUUCCCUCAGAAAUGCGAAUACCUUGAGGAAGCUAUGGGCAUACUUAGUUAUGCGCUACUCAGCGACCCAACGUGCCAGCACCGCGUUGCUGAUGAAAUUGUGCAGCUGAUGAAGCCCUUAGACUUUUAG